UCAGGUGGCGGGCACCGCGCGUCGGCAGAGGCGCUCGAGGCGGCGAUGGAGCGGGAGGCGCCGGGCAGACUGGACGUGGCGAUUGUGGACGUGUGGACGCAGUAUGGCGCCUUCCCGUUCAACAAGUUUGUCCCGUCCUACCGCCUCGCCGCCAAGUACCCAAACGUGCUCUGGCGGUCGUGCUACUUUGCAACCUCCUUCCCGCCCCUGAUGGCGGCGCUCAACCUGCAGCACCGGCUCACUUGCUCGCGCGGCUUCGCUCAGCGCGAGCACGACCCGCACCUCGUCGUCUCGAUGCACCCGCUGACGCAGCACGUCCCCCUAGAAUCUCCCCGUAUCUCCCCGUAUCUCCCCGUGAGACGCCAGGUGCCGUUCGCCACGGUUGUGACCGACCUCGGCUCCGCGCACCGCACGUGGUUCGACAAGCGCGUCGACGCGUGCUUCGUCCCCUCGGACGCCGUGCGCCAGCUAGCCGGCCGGUGCGGGCUGCGCUGCGGCGCACGCGGCGCACAGGUGCGGCAGUACGGGCUGCCGGUGCGCCCCGCCUUCUGGACGGCGGCGGCGGAGCGCAAGCACCGACUCUCUGCUGGCUCGACCGCCGCUCUCGCCGGCGAGCUACACCUCUCGACUGACCGCAAGACGGUCCUCAUCGUGGGCGGCGGCGACGGCGUUGGCUCGCUCGAGGGCAUCGUCAAGUCGCUCGCGAAACACGUAUUAUUCAUGCCUCCCAACCAGCGCUCGAGAGGACACGCUGGCGGAUUCAGCACGCAGGUCUGCGGCAAGAACGCGCGCCUGCAGCAGAAGCUGGAGCGGCAGCGGUGGGAGGGCGUCGACGUGUGCGCGCGCGGCUUCACCAGCCGCAUGUCCGACUACAUGGAGGUCGCAGACUGCAUCGUCACCAAGGCCGGCCCCGGCACGGUCGCUGAGGCCGCGAUCCGAGGCUUGCCCACCAUGCUCUCCUCCUUCCUCCCCGGCCAAGAGGCGGGCAACGUGCCGUUCGUCGUCGAGUCGGGCUUCGGCGAGUACUCGUCCAACCCUCGCAAGAUCGCGCUCACCGUCACAGGCUGGCUGCAGGACGCGACCAAGCUCGAGGCGAUGAGCGAGGCGGCGGCGCGCGCGGGCCAGCCUCACUCGAGCGGCACGAUCGCGAUCGCAAGCGACUUGUGCGAGAUGGCCGAGGCCGCCACACUCUCCCUCACGGAGCACACAUCUCCCCGUCUCUCCCCAUAUCUCCCCAUGUCUCCCCAUAUCUCCCGCAGGCCGCCACACUCUCCCUCACGGAGCACGAGCUGGCGUCUUCAGCGCCAAAGGAGUGACUUCCGCGACUUGGCCGCCGCCGCCGCCGCCGCCAUCCGCCGCCAGCGGUGUUGCCGCAGCCAUUGCCGCUGUCGCCGCUGUCGCCGCUGUCGCCGCUGUCGCCGCCGCCACGCCGAGGCUCGUCUCGUGUGGAGCAACGGUCGGGGUCGCGAGGGCGCGUGCUUGUGCUCCUCUUGCUGCGCUCCUUGA